CUGGAUACACGCACCCAAUUGCACUCCUAAUCCAUAUAUUCAAAUACUUUAGAUUAGGAAUAGGAAUAGACACAUCCUUUUCCUCUAAAUAUAUCUCACAAAGCAAAAAGAAGGGUCAGUAAAAAGAAAAUAAAGAAGAACAAAAGGUCCCUAUUAAAACCCCCCUAAAAGUUUGACAUUGACCCUCUCUUACCCUCAAAUGCCUAAGUGGGCACAGCAUCUCCCUCACUCACCACCAUGAAAGACAAGCACUCAAAAAGUUUGUGAUAAAAGAAAAAGAAAUUGAUAGAAAAUUCACACUUCAUAAUUAGAAGUUAGAAUCUCUUCAAUUCACACUUCUUUCUUUUCUCCCCAAACAGAAUCUAUGCCCACCAUGUGUUUCAACCAUAGCAAAAUACAAGGGACCCACUCCAACAAUCCACCCUAACAUCAUAACAUGAAUCCCCACAAAAACCACCCUCCUCUUCAUCAUCAAACUCCCUAAACCAAACACACAAGCUACAACCUCAUCCUUUUCUCUCUCUCUCUUCCUCUCCAAAAAACUCAAACUUUUUCCAUAUCCUAACACACUUGAAUUAACAAUUGUUGGUUCAACUUCAAGUUCAAUAAUAACUAAACCCAAAAAGCAAAACCUUCAAUUAUUUUUUACCUCACUCCAAAAACCUCAACUAUAACAAAACACUCUCUACCACAUAACAUCAAAAGAAAAUCAUUUAUUCAUAUUUUAUAUUUAUUUCAAAUAAUAAACAAUUUAUUAUUUAUAUAUAUAUAUAUAUAUAUGCUAACCGGCGAUGCCAACGCCGGUAAGCACAGCGAGGCAAUGUUUAACAGACGAAGCAGCGCGUGCACUAGACGACGCAGUAUCAGUAGCGCGUAGGCGAAGCCACGCGCAAACAACAUCCCUUCACGCCAUCUCAGCUUUACUCUCACUCCCAUCCAACGCGCUUCGCGACGCGUGCGCGCGUGUCGGAACAUCUCCAUACUCGCCGCGUCUCCAGUUCCGCGCCUUAGAACUCUCCGUCGGCGUCUCCCUCGACCGCCUCCCAACCACAAAAUCCAGCGCCGCCGUCGUCAACGACGGCGUCGGACCUCCGGUGUCGAACUCUCUAAUGGCGGCAAUAAAACGUUCUCAGGCGAAUCAACGUCGUCAUCCAGAUAGCUUUCAUUUACUCCAAAUAAUGCAACAACAACAACAACAGAAUCAAACGGCGUCGUUUUUGAAAGUUGAAUUGAAACACUUCAUUCUUUCGAUUCUCGAUGACCCUAUAGUAAGUCGCGUUUUCGCUGAAGCGGGUUUUCGAAGCUACGAUAUUAAAUUCGCUUUACUUCAACCUCCACCACCUUCUAGAUUCUUCCAUCGUUCUAAUCCUCCGGUUUUUCUUAUCGAACCCGACCCGGUUCGGUUCGACGAGAAUUCCAGAAGGAUUGUUGAGGUUAUUGUUAGGAAGAGUAAAAGGAAUCCUCUUUUGAUGGGGGUUUAUGCUAAAACAGCUCUUAAAAGGUUUAUAGAGUUUUUUCAAAGUGGAAAGUUUGGUUUUUUACCUAUGGAGCUUGAUGGGUUGAGUGUUGUUUCUAUUGAGAAGGAGAUUUUUGAGUUUCUUGUUGGAGGUGAGAGUGAGGAGAAGAUGGGGUUGAGAUUUGAUGAAGUGGGUCGUUUAAUUGACCAAUGUUUGGGUUCUGGUGUUGUUGUUAGCUUCGGGGAGAUUGAGGUUUUUAUGAAGAAUGAUGGUGAUGGUGAUGGUGAUGAUGGUCUUGGGUUUGUUGUUUCGAAGUUGACGAGGUUGUUGGAGGUUUAUGGUGGUAAGGUUUGGUUGAUAGGGGUAGCAGGAACUUCUGAUGUUUAUUCAAAGUUUCUAAGGUUGUUCCCUACAAUUGAUAAGGAUUGGGAUUUGCAUCUUCUGACUGUGACCUCUGCUACUACAUCUUCUAUGGAAGGACUCUACUCUAAAUCCAGCUUGAUGGGGUCCUUUGUUCCAUUUGGUGGGUUCUUUUCCACACCUUCUGAUUUCAGAAAUCCCAUAAAUUGUACAAAUUCAUCUUUAGUAGCUCUUUGUGACACAUGCAAUGAAAAGUAUGAACAAGAAGUUGCUGAUAAUGUGAAGGUAGGGCCUUCUACUUCUUCACCAACAAGCUUGCCUUGGUUACAAAAGGUGAAUGUAGAAUCAGAUAAAGUAUUAAUGGGUUUGGCAAAGACCAAUGAAGAUAACACAAGUUUGAAUACUACGAUCUUUGGAUUACAAAGAAAAUGGAGUGAUAUCUGUCAACAUCUUCAUCAAAACAAAUCAUUACCUGAAAUCAAUGUUUCCCAAACAUUAACAAGGUUUCAAGCUCCAUUCCAUGAAGGGUUUCAAUUUGGUAGAGGAACUUGCAAUAAAGCUCUAUCCCUUGAUGAAAUCCAUCGUUCUAAUCCAAUUCCCUACAUGUCUAAAGAGUUACAAACUUCAUUUUCAUCCAAACAUAUAUUACCAGUUUCAUCAUUACCUUUUGAUACUACUCUUAGUGUCAAUGAUAAAACUGAACAUGUAGCAAAAGUUGCAAAAUGUGAUCAGAAAUCAUCUUCAUCGCUUACUCCUGUUACCACAGAUUUGGUUUUGGGAACUACAUAUGCAUCGGCUACUCGUGAUGAGCCAGAUACUCCAAAACUAAGUGAUCACAAGAAGCAUCUUCACCACUUAUCAGAUUCUCUUUCAACUGACUUUGAUGCUGUGAAUGAGAAUACUUCAAACCAAAUUGCUAGAUCCUCUUCCUACUCUUGUCCGAAUUUAGAAGGCAAAUUUGAAACAGUCGAUUUCAAGUCACUUUACAAACUUCUGACUGAAAAGGUUUGGUGGCAAGAUGAGGCAAUAUAUUCUAUCAUUAGAACUAUGACACUUUGUAAAUCCAGUGCUGGAAAGCGUAGCGGAUCGAAUGUUAGAGCAGACACAUGGUUUUCGUUUCUUGGACUGGAUAGAGUUGGAAAAAGAAAAAUUGCUUCAGCACUAGCAGAAACUCUAUUUGGAAGCAAACAAAGCUUAAUCUCAGUGGAUUUAAACUCUCGGGAUAGGUUUCAGCCAUUGGACUCAAUUUUCGAAUGCCACGACGUGCUUAGGAGGAAGACAGUUGUGGAUUACAUCGCUGGCGAGUUGAGUAAAAAACCGCAUUCGGUUGUCUUUCUUGAAAAUAUAGAUAAAGCUGAUUUACUUGUGCAGAAUAGUUUGUUCCAAUCAAUAAAAACAGGUAAAUUUCCAUACUCACAUGGAAGGGAAAUCAGCAUCAACAAUGUAAUCUUUGUUGUAACCUCUUCUGUGUUCAAAGAUUGCGGCUUUUUUGAAGUAGAAAAAGAAACUAAAAUGUUUCCUGAGGAAAGAAUCCUUGAAGCGAAAAGAUGUCAAAUGCAAUUAUCACUUGGACAUGCUUCUGAGGAUGCAAAGAGAAGCAGUAGCAGAAAUGUGAGUGUUGCAAUGAGAAAAGGGACAUUGAAACAUUCAUUUCUGAAUAAAAGAAAGCUAGUUGAAAGUGGUGAUUCCAAUGAGAAAGUAACUUGCAAGACACCGAAACAUGUCGUAGAGGCAUCAAGGUCCUAUCUUGAUCUAAAUAUGCCUCUAGAGGAAGUUGAGGACACUGAUUAUGAUGACUGUGAAAAAGAAUCUGUAGUUCAAAAUCAUGAAGCCUGGUUAAAUGAUUUCAUUGAACAAAUUGAUGGAAAAGUGGUUUUUAAGCCAUUCAAUUUUGACUUUCUUGCUGAGCAAGUAAUAGAAUGCAUCGACAAACAAUUUCAACGAACAUUUGGGUCGGAAUUUCAGCUGGAAAUUGAUUAUGAGGUGAUGUCACAGAUACUUGCUGCUGCUUGGUUAUCAGACAAGAAAAAAGCAGUGGAAGAUUGGAUAGAACAUGUUCUUGGAAAUAGUUUUGCUGAGGCACAAAAGAAGUACCACCAUGCAAAUGAGUAUGUUAUGAAACUUGUUAAAUGUGAAAACAUUUUUGUUGAAGAGCAAGCUCUAGAAGUAUGUCUUCCAGCUAGAAUUAAUUUGAACUGAAUUUUUUUUUAUCACUGUGUAUUGUAAUGUAAUUACUUGUAUAAUGUAGCUUGUAGGGUAUAUUAUUAAUAUUCGGUAGUACAUAGCAUUUUCAGGCUAAUUAAUCCCACAAUUUUUUUCUUUUGUGGUGAUCAUUGUGAUGUGAUUCCCUAUGGUAAAAGAAUGUGUAAUCUUCACCACCAGAGUUUUUCCUGUUUAUUCUAAUGGGGUGAUGGGAUAAAUAAUUUAAACUUUUAAAUAUUAAUUCAAGUUAGGGAUUUGAAUGUAUAGUAAAUUAUUGAGUAGUUUGGAAUU